AUGAUGAAAAAGUACUGGGAUCACGGACCUGAGAUAGAUAAAGCGGCUGGAAAAAAUAAUAACGAUCGCAAAUUUUCUAAUCCGCGGGCUGAUCUCAGAGCAGAGUCUGACAGAGUGGGCAGCGUCACUCAGUCAGUCUCUCAGCCUGAAGAGAAAGACAAAACUUUCUCUCACACCGCACCUCCUCCGAGUUAUGAACGUCUUCCGUCACCGUUAGCGUGUGUGCCCGUAAAAAACAAACUAUAUCCUGAUUUGAAAACUGCGUCUGCAUUUCCGUUCGUUGAAACUUCUGAAGGAUUUAAGGUUCAUCCGUUGCCUCUUGCGGAUGUUAUUGCGAUUGCUAAAGAGCUUCCUGAUCCGUCUAAAACACCUCAUCAGUAUGUUUCGGUUUUGAAGCGAUUGACAGCCUACAGUCAAUUGACAGGGCGUGAUUAUCGUUUCAUACUAACUAAAACACUCCCUCCUGAAAUUACGGAGGAAGAAUUGAUUGAAGAAAUUGAUUUGUUAAGCCCGACAUACGAUACGCCAUCGCCUCGUAACAUUUUGACAAGACAUGCAGCAGAGCCUGUUGAUUUGUCUAGAACUUUCCGUAACGUUAGAAUUGUGGAGGACCAUGAUGACCACGAUGUCGAUUGGGUUUGGGCCAAUUCGGAAGGGCCAACUCAUCCUUUCGUUCCAGGACAAUCGGUGUUGAUUAGGUGUCUGAAACCUACGAAACUUGGAGAACCGAAUUAUCUUGGGCCGGCCACGGUGAUCGCUGUGACAAGGACAGGUGUUCUGACUGAUCUUCAACCACAGUGGAUCCACGCAAGCCGCGUGAAGCUUGCUCCAGAGGAGGGCCUUACUGAUUCAAGGUGAACGGUGAAAGCACUGGAGGAGCUGAACACGCAGCGCCAGUGCCCAACCGGAAUCUUUGAAUUAGGAGGACCUGAGGAGGAACCUGGAACAGUCAACAUGAAAACAUUCCUACUGACACUGCAUAGGGCAGGUGUUUGUGCUUGCCUAUGCCCGUUCAGUAUCAAAACAAAAGCAAGGAGUCACAAGUGUAAUUCCAAUUCCUAGAAAUAAUGUAUAAUGGUUUAUGUUUUAUGGUAAUAUUAAAUGAAGAUGUUUUUGUUAUGAAGGUACGGGUAAACACCCAGAAACAAAGUUACAUAGAGUGUGAUGCCCCAAGUGACCCUGAAGUAUAUUUAGACAGUGUUGGACAGCCAAGAGGUAUUAAAUGUUUGGAUUAAUUCUUGGCUAAAGAUGGAGUAGGAAUAUGUAAAAUAUUUGGUGACAAAUGUUAUACAUACAUCCUGGGUCACAUUGAUGAUGAUGGUAAAUUCAUGAAGGUAUGAAAGGAAAUGGAUAAGUUGAAUAAAGAAUUAGCUGAUAACGUCAGGGAAUAUGGGGACAUUUUCCAAUGUGUUUGGGUGGUUUCGCACCCUGGAUGUUUUCCAUUAUAUCGAUUGCUGUAUGCAUACUUAUGUUAUUAUUUGGCCUAUGUUUGUUACAAUUACUAAUGCAAAAGUGUGACUGUUAUAUUUGUACAUAUAUACCAGAAAAUGAUUAAGAUGGUCAUAUCAUAGAUGGUAUAAAUAAUAUGACAAAAAUUGUUGAUGAAUUACAGAGAAGACAAAUGAAUGAUAGAUUAUGGGUUUGGAGAUUGGAUUACAAGUUAGCAAACAGAACUAUCAAGUACUAAUGACUUUGAAAGAAAUGUUUGAUUGAAAUAUGUUUCAUGUAUUAUUCUGUAAUAAUGGACAUACUGAGAAUCAUGUAAUGUGAUAAUUAUGUUAUAUUAUAACUGUCAUUAUCAAAGAGGCCACUGUCAGAAAUAGGUAUAUCUCAGCUCUGUCCAAGAUAGAAAAUGCUGUGUUGGGACAGUCCAUUCCCAAUACAUUAUCUAACAUCUGUUUCAUAUUAACUUGUACAGAGCCCCCUCCUUGCCUCAUUUCUUUCUUUCUGUAUGUUUGUGUAUAUUGUAUGAAUGUGUAUGACAGAGGUCUGAAGGAUCCUUAGGAUUCAAGGGGAGUCUUCACCAUAUGGACUCGUUAUCUGUGAUAGGCCUAUCUGUAUGAUGUAAUGCAUGUUCUUAUUGGAUAGUCCUGUAAACUCCCCUCCAAUAUUGCAAUAUAUAUUUGUACGCUAUAUGAGCUGAGUUGAGCUAAUUUGAUUUCGCUCCCCAAUAUUGGAUGCUUUGUACUGAUUCCUUCAUGACUCAAUAAAAGACGGAGAAA